GUAAAAGUGAAAGAAAAGCUUUGUGCAGUCACUAUUAUAGUUUCCACCUCUUGUAGUGGGUGGAGUAUUUAUUAAUUUUAUAGUCUUCUGUGCAUUUGUUGCUGGUCAGAUGAUGGUGGAUGACACCGAGUCACUAACUUCAAAAUGAAGAAGGCGAGUCUGAUGUUGUUCUCAGGUUGUUUCAUUGGUUUAUUGAUCAUAGUGAGCAGAGAUGCAUCUGUUUCAGCAUCAGAGGCCAGUGAGGAGCAACGUGAAGCGCAGAACGGUGGGUUCUCAUUUAAUAGUCACCUGACACCUUUUGAAGUGGUCUCUGCUGUGAUCAUUGCUGCGGCCGUUGCUGCGGUCUUUGCUGAAGUCUUUGCUGUGGACUCUGCUGCGGUCUCUGUUGUGGUCUUUGCCUUUGUCUUUGCUGCGGUCUUUGCUGUGGACGCUACUAUUGUGGGCUUUGAUGAGGUCACUAAUGUGGUCUUAGCUGUGGUCUUUGCUGUUCUAUGUAAAUACUUGGUUAAAGAAAUAUCAAAAUUGAAUAAAAAGGUAGUGGAUUUGACACAGAUACAGAAACAAUCCCAGUGUAUGCUGGAAGAACUGGGUGGAUGGGAGACAGUUUUCUUUUUACUGACACGCCUGAAGCUGGACCAGGAAAAGCAGAGACAGGAGUUCACUGAGAAACUGAAGAGAACAAAGAAAGAGAUGGAAGAAACAAAGCAACAGCUGCAACUGGUUGAGAAGGAAAUAAAAGAGAGUGAGAAAGAAAUGGCAACUGAUAAAACAGAAGAAGGUUUGAGAAACAAACAAAAGGUGUUAGAUGCUCUGAGGAAACUAGACGAAAGAAAAGGGGAUUUAGACAGACGGAUAAUGAAUGUGGAGAAACUGCAGCUGGAGACAGAAGCUGCAAUCAAAACAGCAACACAAAGAAAAGAAAAAGUGGAGAAGUACAAAGAAAUGAUGAAAUCACAGCUAAAUGGAAAAGAAAGUCAAAGUGAAUCAGUUCAUCUUCACAGCGACUAAAGUCUGUGACACUGAGGUCCAAAGUCAGACAUGUUUCAUAAUUUGUAAUUAAAUCAGACACGUUUAUAAUCACAUUGUAACGUACUGUAGAUCAUUGUCUGUUAUUGAUUAGUGCAACAGCUAAAAUUCAACUUGUUAUUUGUGUGUGGUAUAUUUAUGUACCAUAUUAUAUUUUAUUACACAUACUGUGUCUGCUGCACGUCUGAAGAAUCAACAAUGGUCAUGUUAACAUUUGUAUUUUGACAGAAUUGUUGUUAAAGGAAUUUUUCCAGGAAACAGACAUUUGCUUUUGAGUAAACACCAGUUGUUGAUCACACUGGGCCAGAAGUUAGAAUAGAACCAGAUGUCCAGCUGAUGUUUGAGGGUCUAGAAGCUCAUGCUUGAGUCUGAGAGCGUGGUCAAUGACUCGUACCUGGAACCGUAGGGUUCUGAGGCUGACGCUUCUGCAGGAGAACAGCUUCUCUUCACACUCUGCUGGUUUUCGUUCUCACCCAUGUUUUGAUAAUUACAUGUCAUCAAUUGUAAUAAAUCUAAAAGUAUUAGUUUAAAUGUUAAAGCAGUGGUGGUGUGAGUUUGUGUAUUUCAGUCAGAUUUCUGUUUUAUCACUGUUUUAUCUCUGUGAUGUUAUAGAAACUUAAUUAUUUAUACACUGCUCCUAUUGAUGCUCUGUAAUCAGUGCAAUUAGUGUUUACGUGUCUUUCUUCAUUAAAAUUAAAAAUUAGAUUUUUGUUGAGUGAGUUAAAGUUUAUUACAAUAGAGAUGGCAUCAAGAAAACACAGGUACUGUAGACGUCUGUGUUCUGCGCUGUAUUGAUCUUUAUCCAGCAGGUAAAGAAGAAAAAGACUGAAGCUCAAUUGUUAAAAAAAAAAAGAAAAAUCAGUUUUGGCAGUGAAUCAGUUCAAUGACCCAGAUGUUAACAAGAACCGGGCAUUUAGUAGAAGUUGGAUGAAACUGAGCUAAUUUUUUAGACUGGGCUCAGAAUAAUCUGACAGUGCAUCUCCGUCUAAAUGACAAAGGCCUCGUUUGAGGACAACAAUAUUCACACAGGGAAGACAAGUGGUUGGA